GCCGGAUCAGGCACCGCUGAGCACAUCAAUAGCGCAACACUCUCAGAGUCCAAGGCCACAGGUUUUCUACUGCGGCACCUGGCUAUGGCCUUUCCACCAUCGAUCUGCGGGAAAUGCAAUGUCUCGCAUUACCGACAGGCGAUUAUUGCACUGUUUCCACUUCCAGUGUCUGAAAACUGUCCCCCUUCCACCGCAGGCGCCCUAACACAUUACUCGCAGGCACUGCAGUCACCAAGCCGUUCGACUACACUCGCCCUGCUUCCAGUACCCAAUUUCAGUCCAGUUGGCCAUUCGGACGAAGAACAAGAUGUCAGCCACCUCCCAUCGAUCUUGCCAUCCUCUCACCACAUUACCAGAGUGCGCGGGUCGCAUUACCGUUGGAGUAUAUUGCCGGCGAAAAUGGAUCACCAUCUAUCUGCUCGGACAUACAGGACCGCACCUCCGGCCAUCACGAACCACAUCGCCACACUUUCCUUCCCGCACACAAGUAUUCUACCACCCUAUGUUAUAGGGCAAUCGUCAAGAUACCCACGGGAAAUCGUAAACAAUUCAAUGUUCGGGGAUCCGGGCCGUGUCUCCGUCGGACCGAUGAUGGAACUGAGCUCUGUAACCCCUCCUUGCAUGAUCACACCGCAGGCCUUGUGUUCGACUCAAAUGCACCACGGUCGGGGCCUCCAAGCGGCCUAUCGCCCUCACUUCAGGAACGGCAUCUAUCGGAUGACUUCACCAACGACGACGUUCCGCUUCCUCUAGUACAGAUCCGAACAGAGACUGCGGCACCAGCUCGGUUCCUUUCCAGUUUUACGAAGCGGCUUAUAAAACAAAUACACCUGUCAUUAUCACGGCCGGCACCCUUUCCUUACACGUGUCCAACCGCAUUCCGGUCCAGCCCGACCACUUACUCCACCAUCGACAACGACAUCCCGUCCCACUCCCUUCUUCUUCCGCCCAGCCAGAUCUCAUCCUGUGAGUCCCAGCAA